AUGGCAAUGAUGUUUGAUUUUACAAAUCGAUUCAAUUUUUUCAAUUUUUUUCAGGUUAAGUUAGUCGGUGUUACAUUCGCUAGCAUGGGUAUGGUUCAUCGUAUAUCUUUUAGGACGCAACAUUUGGAACGUGUCAAAUGCAAACGUUUGAUUCCGGGAACUUUGGUUGUUUUAUCGGAUGACAAUUUUGAAACGAUGAAAUUUGCCACUGUUAUCAGUAGACCGUUAGAAUUACUUGGAAAAACUCAUGACUUGCAAAUUGAAGUGUUUUUCGGGCCAGAUGAUGCUGAAUUCGUAUGGCCUGAAAAGGGUUAUACUAUGGUUGAGUCAACAUCAUAUUUUGAAGCCUAUCGUCAUGUCCUGAAAGUCCUCCAAGAAUUAGAUCCUGAUUCAUUACCUUUCAAAACACAUAUUGUAGAUCUUGUUACAGAUAUUGAUGAACCUGAAUAUUUAAAACGCCGUCAUUCUGUAUAUGAUUUUGGUAAGGCAAUUCCUUUUGAAAAUAUUGAAGAAUCUUUUGGGACAUCAAAGAUUGAUAUUAGAAAGGAUUGGCCUCCAUUAGAGCAAUUGAAUUCAACUCUUCAUGCUUCUCAAUAUGAAGCUAUGAAACAAAUGUUGACUAAACGUUUUGCCUUGAUUCAAGGCCCACCAGGUACUGGAAAAACCUAUGUUGGUCUAGCUGCUGUUCAAAUAUUAGUUGAAAACAGUUCUGGAACAAUUAUGAUUGCAUGUCAGACAAACCAUGCUCUUGAUCA